CGACGACGACGACGACGACGACGACGGCAGAGCCGGUGUUCACUCAUUUUCCCGAUCGUGUCCGGGGAGCUCCACAACCGUUCUCGGCCUCCCGUGAUCGGGUUUUUUUUUCUCUUCUUUUUUUUCUUUCUAGUCGUUGUUGCGACUAUAUUCACAGGACGUCAAAGCGAUGGGUUGGGGUAUUCUAGAACCUAGGAGCGGGGGACUGCCUCUGGGAACUGUCAGGCUCGGAGAGGAUGACAAGGACAAUGACUUUAGCGAAGGGCAGCAGGGGCUCAAGAAGAGCGGCAACAUCGUGCUGCAGCCGCAGCCGUCGGACGACCCCAACGACCCGCUCAACUGGUCCAAGAGCAUGAAGUAUCUGCACUUCUUCGUCAUUGCCUUCGGCGCCGCCGCCACCAACGGCCUGGCCACCAUGGUGACGCCCGGCAUCGUGCCCAUGGUGGAGAAGUUCAAGACGACCGAGGCCGACAUCUCGUCCUGGAUCCUGACGGCCCCGACCUUUUGGACCUCGCUCGCCGGCUUCUUCGUCGUGGCCGGUGCGGACGUGUGGGGCCGCCGUCCCUUUUACCUGGGCGGCAUCGCCCUCCUGGCAGUCUUCAACUACAUGGGCUACCUGGCCCAGGACUUCAUCUCCUUCACCGCCGCGCGCACGCUCGCCGGCUUCGCGGGCGCCCCGCUCUUCCAGCUCAUGACGGCUACGCUCGCCGACAUCUUCUACGUGCACGAGCGCGGCACCCUCAUCGCGCUCUCGACCCUAGCCCUCAACGCGGGCGGGCAGAUCGCGCAGAUCAUCUCGGGCUUCGUCAUCGACGCCAUGGGCGUGUCGGCCUCGUUCGGCUUCGUCGCCAUCGUCUUCUCCGUCCUGUUCCCCGCCGCCUACUUUGCGCUGCUCGAGUCGGCCUACUUCACCCCGCGCAUCUCGUCCGGCUUCAAGAGCGCCAAGGCCGCCGCCGCCGGCUUCGACCUCGAGGAGGACGCGUACCCGGCCUCCAAGGAAGGCCUCGAGCUGCCCGCCAAGCGCACGUACGGGCAGAACCUGGCCGUGGCGCGCGGGCGCAUCAGCGACAUGGGCUUCUGGCGCGGCGUCAGCAAGCCGCUCGGCAUGAUCACGUCGCCCAUCAUCGCCUACAGCGCGCUGCUGUCGACGCAGCUGCUCUUCCUGCUGGCCGGCGUGCCGACCCUCAUCUCCAUCGUACUCGGCGCCGAACCCUACUCGCUCUCCCCCUCGGCCAUCGGCCUCACCAACCUGCCCCUCUUCGCCGUCGCGCUCGUGGGCGGGCCCGCCAUGGGAUACGUGUCGGACGCGCUGACGCGCUACAUGGCCCGCACCAACGGCGGCCUGGCCGAGCCCGAGUUCCGCCUCAUCUCGCUCGCCUUCACCGUGCCCGUCACGGCCGUCGGGCUCAUCGGCCUCGCCCAGGCCGUGACCGAGGCCCAGCCGCUCCCGUGGCUGCUCGUGUGGAACUCCAUCACCAACCUCGGCACCGUCGGCACCACGCAGAUCUCCAUCACGUACGUCGUCGACUGCUACCCCAAGCAGUCAGCCCAGGCCUUCAUCACCGUCAACGGCAUCGCCGCCCUCGUGUCUUUUGUCGGCACCGGCCCCGUCGUCGAGGCCCUCGGAACCCUCGGCGCCAAGCCCGUGCUCGGCGCCCUGGCCGGCGCCACCAUCGGCAUGGCCGUGCUCGCCAUCCCCAUGUACAUCUGGGGCAAGAGGAUGAGGAGCUGGUACAGCAGGGCCGCCUGGGCCCAAAAGUUCCUCACCAUCUAGAGGGGUGGGGUGUUGUGGAUUAAUGACGAACAUCAUGACGGACUUUUCUUUUUUCCCUUUCUGGACGGAAGGCCGGAGCGCCGCACGGAGGACUUGCUGCCACUGCUGCCCACUACCACCACCACCGCUCCUGUAUUGACUGACCCCUUACUGUCGCUACUAUUGCUACUCCUGCUACUACUGCUCCCACCACCCACAAAGACGAUGAGGCGAUGGCGGCCGGCCUAGAAGACCUUCCCGGGACGGUGCCCCCCCUCCGCGUGUAUUAUAUCCCUCAGAAGCAACAAGAAAAAAAGGAAACAUAACAAAUUUUUUUAUCUGGUCCGGAAAAUCGAGAGCCAGCGGAGGAGCACUAAAAGCCUCGCUACUUCAUGUCUGAUAGUACCCCCUUUCCAUUGCGCUCUCUCCCCUCGACUCUUGCACGCCAAUCAAGAUUUUUCGUCCAGACAAAAAAAAGGAACCAUGAACCUCGA